UUUAGGAUAUUUAAAAUUAACAUGGUUCAUAUUGUAAUGAAGGAAGGAGAAUACACCAUGACCAUAUAUGGUUUAAUAAAACAACAAAAAUUUGCUGAUGCCAUCCAUAUACUUUCAAGAGAGCUUGAAAAACAUCCUAAGUCUCGACCAGCCCUUUCUCUUCUAGGCUACUGUUACUACCAAAUACAAGAUUUUUAUAAUGCCUCUGAAUGUUAUUCCGAGUUAACAAAAUCAUUCCCUGAAGUUGAAGAGUAUAAAUUAUUUUAUGCACAGUCUUUGUAUAAAUCAUUUGCUUUUCAAGAUGCAAUGAAAGCAACAUACCUAAUUGAAAAUCAGAAGCUUGCAACUAGUAUCAUUAAGUUGCAAGCAGCGAUCAAAUACACUGAAGAUGAUGUUCAAGGGGCUAAGAGUUUGGUUGAUCAAAUUCCUUCUGAUGACCCAGACACAGAAGUUAAUCAUGGUUGCAUACUCUAUAAAGAAGAGAGGUAUAAAGAAGCAAGCCAAAAGUUCACAACUGCCAUGAAUAUUCUAGGAUAUCGUGCAGAUUUAUCUUACAACAUUGCUUUAUGUCACUAUAAACAAAAGCAUUAUGCUCCUGCAUUAAAACAUAUUGCAGAUAUCAUUGAGCGAGGAAUCAAAGAGCAUCCAGAGCUUAGUGUUGGGAUGAUGACAGAAGGAAUCGAAGUGAGAAGUGUUGGCAAUACAAAGGUCUUACAUGACACAGCUCUUAUUGAAGCAUUUAAUUUAAAAGCUGCCAUUGAAUACCAGCUUAAAAACUUCAAUGCUGCAAAAGAAGCUCUCACAGAUAUGCCACCACGCUCAGAUACAGAACUUGAUCCAGUUUCAUUACACAAUCAAGCAUUAAUGAAUGUUGAAGAAAAACCAACAGAGGGUUUUGAGAAGAUGCAAUUUUUACUUCAGCAAAAUCCUUUUCCUCCUGCAACUUUUGGAAAUCUUCUUCUUUUAUAUUGCAAAUACCAAUACUAUGACUUAGCAGCAGAUGUUCUUGCAGAAAAUUCUCAUUUAACUUACAAGUAUAUGCAACCGUACUUGUUUGACUUUUUGGAUGCAAUAAUAACACAACAAAGUUCUCCAGAAGAGGGGUUUCGGAAGUUUGAUGAAAUUGCAGUUCACCAUACUGACACUUUAAGAAAGUUGACAAAACAGGUGCAAGAGGCUCGUCAAAACAAUAAUGAAGAAGCUGUAAAGAAAGCUGUCAAUGAUUAUGAUGAAUGUCUUGAGAGGUAUAUUUCUGUACUUAUGGCACAAGCUAAAAUUUAUUGGGAUCGUGAAAACUAUCUUGCAGUAGAGAAGAUCUUUCGAAAAUCGGUUGAAUUUUGCAAUGAAAAUGAAGUUUGGAAACUGAAUGUUGCACACGUUCUAUUUAUGCAGAAUAAAUACAAAGAAGCUAUUGGAUUUUAUGAACCUGUUGUUAAAAAACAUUAUGAUAAUCUUUUGAAUGUUAGCGCAAUCGUACUUGCCAAUCUCUGUGUCUCAUAUAUAAUGACGAGUGCUAAUGAUGAGGCAGAAGAAAUGAUGAGAAAAAUUGAAAAAGAGGAGGAAAAUGUUUCAUAUGAUGAUCCUGAAAAGAAAAUUUAUCACUUGUGUAUUGUGAAUUUGGUUAUAGGCACACUUUACUGUUCUAAAGGAAACUAUGAGUUUGGUGUUUCAAGAAUAAUAAAAAGCUUAGAACCAUACAACAAAAAGCUUGGUACUGACACAUGGUUUUAUGCUAAACGAUGUUUUUUAUCGCUUAUUGAGAAUAUGGCAAAGCAAAUGAUUAUGUUGCGUGACACAAUAAAGCAAGAUAUAUUGCAAUUUCUUGAGCAUUGUGAAAUGUACGGUCGUGAUGUAGCCACCCAUAUUGAGCAACCUCUUGAACAAGAACCUAAGCAGUUAGGGAAAAAUACAGUAACAUAUGAAUCAAGAUUACUCAAACAUCUCUUUUUACAACUUGUGUAAACCAAAGUUCAACUUUAGCACUUUUUUUUCAUUUUAUUAGUGUUUAGUGAUUCGACUGCGCUAUGGUAACUAUAUUGUGCAUGUUGCAGUUGACUACUAUAUACGAAUGAUUGCUAUUUUACAUUGUUAAUUGUUUCGUGUUAAAUAAGAAUAUCUGCCAAAAUGGUUGAUUUGGACUUGCGACGUGUAUAUUACUUAAAACUGAUAAAUUUUAUUUGUAAAUACAUUCUUGUAAAUAAAAUAAUUGAAAUAAAUUAUGUAAUAUAUAA